GUAGAAAUCAAAGAAACAAAAGCGCAUAGAACCCGCGCGCUAUUUUGGCUACAGUGUCGUAUGAGCCUUUGGAUUGAAAGAGAAAAAAAUAUUAAUAUGUGAUAUUUUGUAUAAUUGACGGGUUUUAUUGUUGAACAUUUACAAUCAAUUCGUUGCAAUUGAAGUGGAAAGGUUUUAAAAUUACGCAAAUCGAUUUGAACUUUGAAGCAGCAUUCAAAUCGCAAAAAUUCCAUCGAUUUUUUUUUUGUCAAAUUUUUUGGCACACACAUCGCACUGUGAAUUCGUAUAUCGGGAGUAAUAUUCAUGUUGAGCACGUGUUUGAGGUUAACUUAUAAACUAGUGUCAUUGCACACACAAAUUGAUUAUAAUUAAAAGACAGCUGUAUCUUGAUCACAAAACGAACACCGAGAAAUUAAAUUUACACAAUUUUUGUACCUGAAUAUCUAUAAUAGUGUGAAAAAAAAAAUUUCUUCUCGAAGAAAAUUGCAAUACUUUUGCGUCGAUUAGAUUGGUGAAAAUCCCAUACAUACACAUUGUAAAUUGAACGUGAAUAAAGCGCAGAAACGUGCAAAAUCAAUUGAAAUAAAAUGAGUGCCGAAAAUUCAAAAUACACAGUGGCAAUAUGCCAACCUUUGGUUCAGCAACGAGUUCAAUGCGUCGGACCGCAUUUUAUGAAAUAUCUACAUAAAAUUCGACAUGGUGGCGAUGGCGUUCUAUCUAGUGCCAGUUCCAUAGACGAAAUAUCGGCUAAUGAAACGGAAUUCGAAAUCGAUGUUGACUACUUAAGAAGCUUGGAUCCAAAAGAAUGGAAAGAUCAAGAUCAUUAUCAUGUAUUGGGAUUGAAGACAUUAAGAUACAAUGCCACCGAUGACGAUAUUAAGCGAGCAUACAGAAAAAUUGUGUUGAAACAUCAUCCAGACAAAAGGAAAGCACAAGGCGAAAACGUGCACACUGAUAGCGAUUAUUUCACGUGCAUAACAAAAGCAUACGAGACUCUAGGAAAUCCAACAAAACGACGCUCAUACGAUUCCGUAGAUCCAAUAUUCGAUGACUCAUUGCCAACACAAAGUGAAAUAAAUAAAAAUUUCUAUGAGACUUUUUCCAAGUAUUUUGGUCUGAAUGCACGAUGGAGCGAAAAGAAAAGAGUUCCGGAAAUAGGUGGUGAAGAUGCCAAUAGAGAACAUGUUGAAAACUUUUACAAUUUCUGGUAUAGUUUUGAAUCUUGGCGUGAAUACAGUUAUUUGGAUGAAGAAGACAAAGAUAAGGGUCAAGAUCGUGAUGAACGGCGUUGGAUUGAUAAGCAAAACAAGGCUGUUCGUAUUAAGCGAAAAAAGGAGGAAAUGUCACGUAUUCGAGCAUUGGUUGAUUUAGCCUAUAACAAUGAUCCGCGCAUCGUACGCAUCAAGAAUGAAGAAAAAGAAAAGAAACAGGCGGCAAAACGGGCUCGCAUGAGUGCCGUUCAAGCACAACGUGCCGAAGAGGAACGAGUUUUGAAAGAAGCUCAAUUGGCUAAAGAACGUGCCGAACAAGCCGAACAAAAGCGAAUCGAACAGAUUCGUUUGGAAAAGGAACAACAAAAGCGUGCAUUGAAAAAAGAGCGAAAAAUUCUGCGUGACAUGGCCAAAGAAAAUAAUUACUAUUCAACCAGUGACAAAGAACGAAUUAAAAAUAUGGAAGGUGUUGAAAAAAUUUGCGAAAUGUUAAAAUAUUUAGAUUUGCAAUCGUUCAAUAAAGAUCUAUCGAAUGGCGGACGAAAUUGUUUCAUCAAAAUGUUGAAACAAACCGAAGAUAAAUUAGAAGAAGAACGACAAGCGGUAUUCGGUGCAAGUAAGACGGUUGCGGCCGCACAACAAGCACAACAGGCCAAACAAAAUACAGCGGUUAAAAGCGUUGACAAAAAUGCAAUGUGGUGUCCCGAAAAUAUGCAAGUAUUGAUAAAAGCUGUGAAUCUAUUUCCAGCCGGAACUGUGCAACGAUGGGAAGUUAUUGCCAACUAUCUCAAUCAACAUUGUACUAAUUUAUCAAAUCGUAAAUUUGCUGCACGCGACGUUUUAAAUAAGGCCAAGGAUUUACAGAGCAGCGAUUUUGCGCACAAUAGUCUUAAAGUGCAAGCAAAUCAAAAUGCAUUCGAAUCGUUUGAAAAAACGAAAAAAGAAUUGAAAAUUGUUGACAACGCUGAAAUCAGUGUGAAUAAUGAUGGUGAAACGAAUGCAAGCAAAAAGAACAAGAAAACCGAAAUAAAUGGUACAACAUCGAAAAAACCAGCUGCUGAAGCGGUUAAAACAAAUGGCCACACGGAAAAAAAUGAAAAAAAUGAAAAAUCAACACCAACAAAUACAAAUGAUACGGCAACAGCACCAUCACAAGUUGCCGCUGGACCAUGGAGCAAAGAUGAGCAAGCAUUGUUAGAACAGGCAAUGAAAACAUAUCCAGUGUCAACACCGGAUCGCUGGGAUCGUAUCGCCGAAUGCAUACCGAAUCGAUCGAAAAAGGAUUGCCUACGACGUGUUAAGGAACUUGUUGAUUUAGUAAACGCAAAACGCGAAGCUCAGCAAACUGCAAAAUAGGGCAAACCUUUAGUCGAAUUUCGUUAAAAAAACAAAAACAAAACAAAUUGUUUCUCAAUUCAACAGAUUCUUUUUUUUAUAUUUAAAAACCGUUUUCAAUUCUUUUAACAUUAUAACUAGCGCCAAUAAAUGUAUUUAAACAAAUUCAAACGAAAACAAAUGAAAAUGAAUUUCACUGAAUAUUUUGAAUAAAAUGAAAGAAAACCAUAACAAAAACAAA